CAUCUCUCAUCUCUCUCUCUCUCUCUCUCUCUCUCUCUCUCUCGAGUGAAUCAACAACAAUCAUGAAAAUUAACAGAGAAAUCUUAAAUAUCGUGAUUUUAAGCUGUGGAUUUGCUUCUCUAUCUGAAAUUCAAUCGUUGAUUUAUAAUUCGGUGUUUACAUUUGGGCCAAGAUCGUAUUUAAUUUUUCACGUUUCUCUCGCUCUAUGCAUUUUAUUGGCACCAUCCUAUGUGACUCUGGCAGGAACGAGAAUUUCAAUUUUCACCAGUUACACAUGUCAUACAAUUUUUCUAAUUAGUUUAAUUUAUUUCUCAAGUGGUAAUAAUUCAAAAUCAUUACUAAUAUCCUCGGCAUUUCUUGGUUUGGGAACGGCACUUGCAUUUGUUGCGCAAGGAAAAUUUCUAGUUGAAAAUAAAAGACCGGAAAUAAUUCAUAAAUAUAUCAUCAAUUUUUGGUUCUCCAUUGAAGUAUUCCGUAUUUUAUACAAAAUAAAUGAUGAUAUUCAAUUAAAAUUUUAUAAUACGGAAAAUAAUUUUGAAAACAUUGCCAAUGGAGUUAAUAUAUUUAUUGUGAUUUUUAGUUUCAGUUUCUUUAUUUUUAUUCAAGAGAAAACGACGAAUGAUUAUAGAUCGGGUGGCAUCGAAUGUAUUCCUAAUGAGAAAUUUGUUACAAAUAAUGAAGAAGAAAAAGAGCAGCAGUUGCAGCAGCAGCAUCAGCAGCAACAACGCAAUCAGGGACCAAUUUUUCAUCUUUGGAAUCCGUUGAAAAAUAUUUUUCUACUUACAAUUAGUUGGAAAAUGGUGGCAAUUUAUUUUAUUGCCACAUUCGCUGGAUUAUUGUCAAGUGCAGAAAAUGCUAUUUCUGAUUCUUACGAAAUGACAUUGAUAAUUGGAGAAAUAUGCGGUGUUUUGUUUUACAAUAUUUGCAUUUACAAGAAGGCAAGUUCAUUGAAUAUUACAUACGUGGGAUAUGUCAUUCUAUUUAUUUUCGUCUCCGUAAAUUCAGCUGCGAACGAUGUACAAUUAUCCAGCAAAAGCGAAUUAUUGGAUACAAACAAUGAUAUCAAGGAGACUGUUACAAAUUUCAUAAACUAUUUAUGGAAUAAUAGAUUUAUUAUGGAAGCAUUUUCAAUUGGAUUUGCAAAUAUUUGUUUCCGUACACAAAUCUAUUAUCUUGUUGGAAUAUUAUUUCCAAAAACGUGUACAUCAGCUUUUAGUCUCGUUGGAUUGUGGUAUUAUUUCAGUCAUCUAUUUGGACAAAUUUCCGGUCUUAAUUCGUGGUUUUAUUUCUUUCACGAUUCAAGGAAAGUAUUACUUAUGUUUGGAAUAUUUGCAUUAAUUGCCAUUGCAAUUAUUCAAUAUUUCUUUGUUGAAAUAAUGCCCAUUAAUAUAGAGAAGAAUGAGAAAAUUUUGAAAAAUGAAAAUUCUAAAUUAAAAAUUGUCAAAGCAACGAAAAUUAUUUCGCCUGAAAUUAAAAUGGUCUAUGACGCUGGUUAUAAUAAUAACAAUAAUAAUAAUAAUAAUAAUAAUAAUAAUAAUAAUAAUAAUAACAAUAAGGAACAAUUGACAAGUGUUAAAGUUGAAAAUACGAAUGAAAAUGUAGAAGAAUCUUUAAAUCUGUAAAUUAAUUAAUUUCUUUUUUUUUAUAUUUUUAAUAAACUCUAUUUUUAUUUUUUUAUAUUUUUAUAUAAUUUUAUUACUGACUGAAAAAAAAUGGUAAUUUCAGAAAAAAAACCAGUUAUUUUCGAAAUAAUAAUGGAAAAAUGUCUCUUAUUUUUUAGAAAUUAUAUUUUGAAUUUACAAAUGUACAAAAAUGUUGUCUUCGAACUGAAAAAUCUUCCAAAGUUUAUAAUUUCAUAGAAAAAUUUACACUUAUCAUCACAAUUUCAAUUGACAACAACAAAAAAAAAAUAAAUAAAAUUGAGAAAGACUAAAUGAUUAAAAAGAACUAUGGUAUUUUAAAUUUGAUGCUCAAUAGUUUUUCAGAAUAUAUUUUUCAAAAAUAAUUUUAUAUUAGAUAUAAUUACACAAUUUUGAGAGUGAUGUUUAUUGUAAAAAUUAAAUACAACUUUUAAUUUUUGAUUAUACACUGUAUACAAUACAAUUAUAGAAAAUUUGGAUAUAAAAUUAAUUAAACAGUGCAUGUGAAUGUUAAAUGUAAACAAUCAAUUAUGUAUCAAUAAGGAAAAUACAUUCAUGUUUAU